AUGGCCCAGACAACGGAUGCAGUUGUCGACCAGGUCGCUCAGCUGAACGCCGCCCGCAGUCUCGUCCUUGGUGAUGCUGCCUUCUACCCGCAGAUCGUGAACGGCAUCCUUCCCAUUGUCGGAGCUAACACAAAACUGGAACUGCGAAGAUGGGGUGCAAAUUUUCUGGCUGAAACUUUUGCUAGUCCAGUUCUAGCUGUAGAACAGAAGGAACAGCUGGCACCGAAUGUCCUACAGACCAUUCGUGAGAUUUUAGAGCUGCCGGAGACCGAUAUAGCGGUGCUACAAAGCUUAGUACAGGCAUCAGCAAGCUUGUAUCCUCUUGUUUUCAGACAUAUUGUUAACCACCCCCAGGAUAGUAAGUCGUGGGAGACAAUGUGUGAAAUUAAACAGCAUUUUCUCAGGAAAAUGGACUCUUUCCCAUGUCCGGUGAAGCUUUGCUGUGCCAAAUUUCUUCAGCGCGUGGUUCAGGUUCAAACACCUGGUUUGAUCUCAGAUCCAAGACGCCCAGAGCAAAACGAGACAUCAUUGGCUGUUGUUCCCAGAAACCAUGCCCUUCUAUCAAUCCCCAACCUGGAAGCAGAAUCAUCAGGUUUACUUGAUCGCCUACUGGGUGUGUUCCAAGAAGAGACUAGUGAUCCUCUUCUGGUGAACGCGACUUUGAACUUACUUCCUCCUCUUAUCCGCACGCGCCAGUCUAUCGCAAACAAGAUUAUCAGCGCGGUUUUGGACUUUUUCCCAGCACACCAUGUCCGUCCUCCAUUUACCCCGACUGUUCGCGUCAGCGUCAAGUCUAUGGAACGGACAGCUCGAGCUUUGCUCUGGAAUAUUCUGAAAAAGCACCAAAAUCACCCUCUUGCCCCCAGAAUGCAUGCGUACAUUGAGCGCCUGAGCCAGUCGCGUCUCGAGGUUACUGAUGAUGCUUCUCGGAAACGUGGCUUGCCAAAUGAGCCUACUGAUGGACUUGACAAUGCUAAGCGGGCUCGCUUAAAUGCUGUUGUCCCUCCGAUGCUGAAGAUACCCCCAAUGGCACCUGGACCCGCAAGCUUCGAUCGUCUGUUCACUUUGACCGAGGACACCGGACUGUCAUCCUUCGACGUCAAGCAGCUGCCAUUUGACAUAGUCCUCAAGAUUGUCGUGCCUCUCCUUUCGCAGGUGCAUGACUCGACCCUCACACAAGCCGUUGAUGCUGUACGCAAUCGUUAUCAGACAAUCACCAAAGAACAGAACCUGCAACGACAGCAACAACAACAAGCAGCGGCUCAGGAUGAAGAUGACGAUUAUGAACCCGAAUACCAACCAAUGGAUGCAGCGUCUGUUGUAUCAGAAGAAAACAGUGCUGUUGCGGAAGAGCUCGCAGAACUGCAGCCAGACCUGGUAUCCCUAGGACCAUUCGUCCUCCCUCAACCUCCUCCACUGAGCGAAGAAGAAGCCGGAGAAAUCGGACGAAGUGCAGUUGCACGUGUUUUCGGUAUGCUUAAUGCAUCCGAAACAUCACCUGCACCUGCCAAGGGUCAAAGUCAGCAAAAGCUUGGCUUCGCACGACUUGCGGGUAGUACAUUCGACCGUGACGCCUGGUCUGUCCUUCUUGCCCGACUGGCCACACGAGCACCCGCGGGCCUCGCAAAUGAUCCACAAGCCAAGGGAGAUUCGGUUGUACGACGCCAAACGACUAUCGCUGACUCCAUUCGGGAGACGCUGUAUCGAUAUAUCCUAGAGGAUUUCCGAGCUCGAAUCAACAUUGCUAUCAUCUGGCUUAAUGAAGAGUGGUACAACGACCGAAUGCAAAUGAAGAGUGCUGCCGAUCAGCGUGGCGAAUCAGAACCAGACCAAGAGUCGGAGCCGAUCGUCUCUCUCAAUUACGACACCUGGGUUACCCGCCUGCUUGAUGGCUUCUUGGCAUACUUGGACGGCAGAGAUAUCAAGGUUCUCGUUCGUUUCCUUAGCGAGGUGCCGGAGAUUACGAUUGCUAUCACUCAGCGAGUUGCUAGUUUAGCCAAAGACCCAGAACGUGUGAACCUUUGCGUUCAAUCUUUGAUGUACUUGAUUAUGUUCCGGCCCCCAGCUCGGGAGAUGUGCUUGAACACGGUCGAAGACGUUUACCAGAAAUUCGAAGAAUCUCGACCUGCUGCUACAAAGGUCCUCACUAAGUGGCGCCCACAAAGUGCAGUGCUGGAGACGACUACCAACGGUGCAACGGAACCCUCUGUCACCCCUUCACAGUCGGAGGCUCAGCCUGCCGUUACUUCAGAACAAUAA